AUGCCGACGAUCGGUGUGAAAAAGUCGGUGAUUGAUCGUCAUUUCUCGAAAGUUUAUAAUCAGGAAGAAUUCGAGACGUUAUGUUUCGAGUUUGGAUUGGAGCUCGAUGAAGUGACUUCUGAAAAAGCUGCCGUUGAAAAGGAAAGAGGGAGUGCUGCCGCCGCCAAUUUGAGCUCGGAAGAAAUCUACAAGAUCGAAAUCCCAGCCAACCGCUACGACUUGCUAUGUAUCGAGGGAUUGUCGAGAGCAAUGAAUGUCUUCACUGGCGGCAAACAGCCACGAUAUGCUGUUGAGAGAAAGCCCGAGUUGGAACGGAUUGUUGUCAGAAAAGAAGUCGAAGGCGUUAGGCCUUUUGUUGUUGGAGCUAUUCUGCGUGAUAUUUCAUUUAAUGAGGACUCCUAUGCUUCUUUCAUCGACCUCCAGGAUAAACUCCAUCAAAACAUCUGCCGUAAACGUACUCUGGCCUCGAUGGGCACCCAUGACUAUGACACCAUUAAGGGACCUUUCUUCUACAAUGCUGAGAAGCCAAAGGACAUUCAAUUUGCCCCACUUAAUCAAACCAGACAAUAUUUGGCUGAUGAGUUGCUUACUGCUUAUGAGACCAAACCGGAAUAUGCUCACUUAAAGCCUUAUGUGCCAAUCAUCAAAGACAAAGAACUCUACCCUGUGAUUCGUGACAGCAAUGGUGUACUUUGCUCCCUUCCACCAAUCAUAAAUAGCGAUCACUCAAAAAUAUCGCUGAAUACCAAAAAUGUGUUUAUCGAAGUGACGGCCACCGAUUUGCAAAAGGCAACAAUCGUUUUGGAUACGAUUGUCAUCAUGUUCAGUCAAUACUGCAAGAACGAAUUCACUGUCGAGCCUGUGGAAAUCUUUUAUGAAGCAGAUGGCCGAACAGAGGAAUAUCCGAAGCUAGCUUACCGGAAAGAGAAAGUUGAAGUGGAGAGCAUCAACAAUAAGAUUGGAUUUUUGUUGGAAGCAGCUGAAAUGGCACAGUUGUUGACUCGAAUGGGUCUUGUGGCUGAAGUUCUAGACGAGAAACAUCUUGAAGUUGAAGUACCACCAAAUCGACACGACAUUCUGCAUGAGUGUGAUAUCGCAGAGGAUGUGGGAAUUGCUUAUGGAUUUAACAAACUCGAGCUGAAGCUUCCCGAGUCAAACACAGUUGCGCAACCAUUUCCAUUGAAUGCUGUAAGCGAGUUGCUACGAGCUGAAGUGGCAAUGACCGGUUGGACAGAAGCUCUAAAUUUCGCUCUAUGUUCUAGAGAUGAUGUAUCGACAAAAUUGCUUGAUUCAAAUGGUCUUGAUAAUGCGGUCAAGAUAGCGAAUCCAAAAACAUUGGAAUUUCAGAUUGCUCGUACAACGUUGUUGCCUGGGUUACUAAAAACCCUUGCCUCCAACCGGGAUAUGCCCUUGCCACUAAAAAUCUUUGAAUGUCAAGAUAUCAUUAAGAAGGAUGAUCAAUCGGAUACUGGAGCAAAAAAUGAAAGGAGACUGGCGGCUGUUUACUACAACAAGGCCGCUGGAUUCGAGAUUAUUCAUGGUUUUCUUGAUCGGGUGAUGCGGCUGCUCGACGUGAAACCAAAAAAAGAUGGCACCGGUUACUAUAUUGAGGCAGAAGAUGCUCCCUCUUUCUUUCCUGGACGAUGUGCAGCAAUCUAUGGGCCAAAGGGCGUUAAAUUGGGUCAUCUAGGGGUACUGCAUCCAAAGGUUAUACUGGCUUUUGGACUUACGCUUCCAACGUCAGCAGUCGAGUUGAAUAUUGAACCAUUUAUU